UGUCGAUGUGGUACUAGAUUACGAUAAGUAAACUGUCAACCCGGUGUCAAUGUAAACUACGUGUCAUAAGCGUUCUGGAAAUUAGAAGAUAUAUACACAAUUAAUCGGCAUUUACCCGUGUUUCCAUCAAAAAUCAACAUGAUCACCGACAUUCAAUUGGCAAUUUUCUCAAAUGUUUUGGGAGUAUUCCUGUUUCUCUUGGUCGUCGCUUAUCAUUACAUUAACGCAAACAUUGGACGACCCACCAGCAUUCAAAACAAACACAAAUAAUUCCAACACUCUCUUAUGGAUUUAGUUCUAAAAAUGCUUGUGCAAAACAAUUUAAGAUUUUCAAAAUAAAUAAGUGAAUACUGUGUGUGCGCCACCAAUAAAAAACAAAA